AGGGCAUUUCUGGGCAUGGCAGGUUUUUGCAGAAUAUGGAUUCUAGAGUUUGGACUGUGGGCUAAACCUCUGUAUGAAUAUGUUAAGGGAGCGGAUCAUGACCCCUUUCACUGGUCCCCAGAAGCGGACAGGGCAUUUAAAAUCUUGAAAAGGAAGCUAAUGGAAGCUCCAGCCCUGGGUUUGCCCGAUAUAUCUAAGCCGUUCCAACUGUAUGUGCAUGAACGAAAAGGGGUAGCUUUGGGAAUGCUUACCCAGCUAUUAGGUGCCUGGAAACGUCCUGUGGCAUACUUUUCUAAACAACUGGAUCAAGUAUCAAAGGGAUGGCCAGCCUGUUUGAGGGCGGUCGCAGCUACUGCUCUAGUGCUUGGGGAAGCUGAAAAACUGACAUUGGGAGGAACUGUGCAAGUGUAUGUUCCCCAUAUGGUCCGAGCCUUGCUGGACACUAAGGGUGGUCUUUGGCUCACACAGGCUCGGGUUGCUCGGUACCAGGCGAAGCUGUUAGAGAAUCCUGAAGUCACCCUGCAGACCUGUCCCUCCCUUAAUCCAGCUACACUGCUACCAGAGACAGAAAAGCAGGAACAUGACUGUUUAGAAAUCAUAGAUGUUCAGUACUCUAGCCGCCCCGAUCUAAAAGAUCAGCCACUCCCAAAUGCUGACUUGGAAUGGUAUACGGAUGGAAGUAGUACUGUUGUGGAUGGGCGAAGGAGGGCGGGUUAUGCUAUUGUGUCUCUUCAUGAUACUGUGGAAGCUGAGAGUUUACCGGCAGGAACAUCUGCCCAGCUUGCUGAACUAGUGGCCCUGACUCGUGCACUCGAGCUGGCAAAAGACAAACAGGUUAAUAUCUUUACUGACUCAAAGUAUGCUUUUGGGGUAUUGCAUGCUCACGCUGGUUUGUGGAAGCAAAGGGGAAUGCUAACAGCCCAAGGUUCUCCGGUCAAGUAUGGGUCUCAAAUUCUCCGGCUUUUAGAAGCAGUACAACUCCCCUCAGCAGUAGCAGUAGUGCAUUGCAAAGCCCAUCAAAGGGAAGAUCAAGAUGUAUCCAAGGGCAAUGCCAGAGCAGACAGGGAAGCUAAGCGAGCUGCUACCCUGAAAUCACCAACAGAGGAGAAUGCCCAAAUGCAUGCCCUCAUCCCAUCAGUGGGUUAGCUUGCAGCCCCUCAGUACUCCCAAGAGGACAGAAACCUGGCUGACAGUCUUGGUCUCCAGGAAAAGGAGGGAUGGCUUUAUUCCACAGAG